GCUGGUUUCAAUUUCAAAUAAGAGAGAGAAGGAGAGAAGGGUGACAGGGUGUGGUGCAUAUUGUGGAGGAUUGAUUUGAUUGUUCCAAGUGCAGCGAAGAGAAAAGAAGAAUGAUAUUGAGGACUCCUCCCCCAUCCAAGAGGCCACGCGCCGAUGCCGACUCCGACUCCGACGCCAAUCGUCAGCUCGUUAUCUACGAGGAUCCUCCUCCGCCGGCGCCUUUGCCUGAGUCGGCGGCGCAGGAUCCCGAUAACACCCACUUGCUCUGCACCUAUCAGUGUCGCCAAAUGGUUAAAGCCGAGUUCAUAGAGGCCUUAAGCACAGCUGAAAACCAAGUUCGUGAUUAUCAAUCUAAAUUGGAGGCAUUGGAUACUAAUUUCCGUAAAGUUGAGUCUGAGAGGAAGAAAUUUCUUGACCAGUUAUCAUACACCCAACAGGAACUUGCUGCUUCUAAAGGCCGCGAGCACGCACUCCAAGAACAGCUUCUGAAGGAGGUUACUGAAUCUCAAGAACGAUUGAGAAAACAAAUACAGUUAAACAGUGAUCUUGAGGUUAAGCUCCAAAAUGAGAUGAACAUUCGUGCGAAGGCCGAGUCACAUGCUGCUUCAACAGAAGAAAAAGCAAAAUCUUUAGAAGGAAAGCUCAGCCAUCUUUCGGAGAGUACAGAGAGAGAAAAACAGCGACUUAACGAUGAACUUACACAGCUGAAAAGGGACUCGAAGUUUUCUGUUUCUAAAAUUACUGCAAAUCUGGAAAAAGUGGAAUGUAGAGCUAAUAAUGCGGAGAAAGAAGCAGAGCUUCUGAAAGAGCAAUUGGAACAUCUGAAGGACCGACUCAAUGAGUGUUUGCAUGAGAAGAUUGAAGUUGAGAAAAAACUAGCAACUUUGGCCUCCCGCGAAAUUUCUUCCACGGAGAGUAGUGUUUUAGUUAAAGAGUUGCAACAAGAGCUUCAGAAUUAUGAAACUGAAGUAAGGGAAGCGAGAAAGCUAAGAUCGAGUUAUGAGAACGUUGAACUUUUGAAGGAAAAAUUGUUGGAGGAGAAGAGGUCCAAAUUACAGGAAGUCCAGCUAAAUAUUGAAAAGUUAGAGGAUCAGAUAUCCUCUUGGAGAUUAAUGAUUAAAGAUAUUCCUGGUGUCUCAUGCUUUGAGGACAUACCUAUUAAGUUUUCAGCUUUACAGAAAGAGAUCAUUGAUGGCAAACAGAAGGAGGGUGAACAAACUUCCCGUGUGAAGCAAUUGCAAGUGGCUCUGGAUGCUGCUGAAAUUGGUAAACAAAGUGCUGAGUCUGAGGCUGCAUUGGCCAAAGAGAAGGCAGAAGCAUUAAAAUCGGAGAUUAAACAGAUUGAGUUAAUGCUUGCUGUUGUUACUGAGGAAAGAAACAAAUUAAGAAAUAUGUCCAAUUUGAAGAAUGAUGAAGCAGCAGAUGGAUCUAAGAGUAUUAGCACUCUUCAGGCCCUUCAGGACCUUGAAUCAUCUCUUGCAAAGAAAGAUGACUGUAUUAAAGAAUUAGAAAGUGCCUUACAUGAGCAGAGAGCAGUUAAUAAUCGUCAACAUGAGGAAAUCAAGUUACUUAAUGAAAAGUUGCAUAAUGAGUUAAAAAGAAUUAAGUCAUUGGAGAGGGAGAGUGACCGCCUCCGUUCAGAGAUUUCUUUAUUAGAGGCAAAGUUGGGUCAUGGUGAUUUUUCUGCUGCUAAUACAAAAGUUCUGCGGAUGGUGAAUACCCUUACUGUUGAUAAUGAGGCCAAACAAACCAUAGAAGCACUGCAAACCGAGCUACAAAAAACUAAAGAGAAAUUGAAAGCUGUUGAGGAAUUGAAGGGUCAAUCAGGUGACACUGGGAAGCUGGUAGAUAGCUACAUAUCAGAUAAGAUAGUGCAAUUAAAGGAGCAAAUUGCCACACUUGAGAAACGAGAAGAAAGAUACAAGACUGUGUUUGCAGACAGAAUUUCAGUCUUCCGGAGGGCAUGCUGCGAGCUUUUUGGUUACAAGAUUGUAAUGGAUGAACACCAGCGGCCAAAUGGAAUCCCAGUGACACGAUUUACCUUGCAAUCAAUUUAUGCACAAAGUGAUGAUGAGAAACUUGAAUUUGACUAUGAAUCAGGGAAUACUAAUAUUUUGGUAAACCAAUACACAGCUCAGCCUGAGAUAUCUCGUCAGGUUGAGAUAUUCAUUCGGAAGAUGAAUUCAAUUCCUGCUUUCACUGCCAACCUAACGGUGGAGUCCUUCAAUAGAAGAACCUUAUCUUAAAUUCAACCAACUUGUCUACAGUCUACAUUAUACAGUCUCGUCACAACACUCGUUCAUGUCAAUAUGUUGUACAUGGUGCCUCCCCAACUUCUGAAUGUUGGUCAACUCAAGUUUUGAAUUCUGAAAUUGUUGCCACAUGGAUAGCUUGGAUUUGAGAAAAAGGCCAAUUCUCUCGUGCCUUUUAAAAUUAUGCCAAAAUUGCUGAAUUUGAUCUUGAUAUAUGAUUUUAGGAAAAACUGUCAAUGUGUGCUCUAGUGCUCUACCAGUGUAUGUGUGUGUUAGGAAUUAAAUUUUCACCCGACACUGUAGACAACACCUUGAAAAAACAUACAUCAUAUAUUGCUGGGUUACCUAUCUAGGGUUUAUCUUGUUGAAUCACUUUACUAGUGUGCCCUAGAUUUUGGCAUGAAUUUGGGGUCGAAAGUAAUGUAACAUUGUGAUGUUCUGAUCUGACUGAGCGUAACUGGUGAGACUUGUAGAGGGUCUAGUAGCCAUGGUACUGCAAUGCACUGUUUUGGUAGUAGAUUGCAAAGCUAUAGAAACGGGCAAGAGGAUUUAGGGUAGCUACUAGCUAGUGUUGCACCAAGUGCAAGUGGGUUCAGUCAUAUUACAGUUAAUUAUUCAUGUUGCUUUGUCUUAGUUUCAAGCCAAAUGGUUACCAUUACAGUUUUCUCUCAA